CUUUUUGCCUUGCUAUCUAAACUUUUCUAAAGUAAUUAUAAUGUUUGCAAAGGUUAUAUAACUGCCAGUAAUAUCCAAUUAAUUUCACGCCUUAUUCCCAGUAGGCCGGCAAGCUCAUAUAGCGUCUCGUGGAAGAUUGAAUCUUUACGAUAAUGUCUACAACCGCCGCCGGACCGCACUUAAAUUUCAUCAUUACACGAGCCACUGCUCUUAUUACUAUAUUAUUAACACACGCGUCAAUUAUCACCAUUAUUCUCUUGCAUUAUGAAGUAAUUGAUACUCUGAAAAUUCCUUCGCUGCCAUUAGGCGUUAGCCUUUGUAAAUUAGAGUAUCGAUCAAUCAAACGUUGCGAGGCCAUCGAUUCUAACGUAAAUCAUAGAGUGGCGAUAAUACUAGUUUCGUAACUAGCUCACUUCGCUUUUAAUUAAAACACUUGAUUAAAAAUCGGCAAUCUCGCAAAACAAAUACGUCCCCCCUUUUAUCAGAUCUCUACGUCACAAUAAACAAAUCUCGGUGACAUGCGUACUCCAAGCCGCUAUCUUAUCAAAGCAAGUGAUUGUGCAAAUGAGAACAGUUUAUCAAGCGACUACAGACAGACUGGGCUGCUGCGAACUCUUCCGAGCCCUACCAAUACGGUUCAGAAUACGAAUUGUUGCAGGCCCAUUCCACCGUCCGCCGUCGUUUCGAGUGAACGUCGGAAAGAACUCGCGUAACUAUCGUUAGAGUAGCGCGCGUAGUUCGUACCGGGCCAUGCACAAGACCGCGCGACCCGUCCUAGGGCUAUGGACACCCUCCUCGACAGGUUCAAGCGGGAGCAAGGAGGUCUCCGCCGCUCCCGAUCCGUCCGAGCUUCCCUGCGAUUGAUCGGCAAUCGCUUGCGCAGCAAGGACGAGGAACCUCCCGACGACGUUGACCUCAAACGCAACACCGUCGUUUUCACGACUGCCCAAAUCUGGCCGACGGAAAGCUUCGACGUCGCGUACAAAGGCCUCGAAGGGACAUACAAAUCGAAAACCCCUACAAUGGCGAAAAGGAAACCGGAUGCGAAACCGAGAAGGAAGAGUGGUGAUAUCGAUUUAAAUUUGAAACCGCAUAAACAUGGAAAAGUGGAGAAAACAAAGUUCAGUGAUUUCUUUACGAAUAAAAAGUUAAAGAGUGCUUCAGCUAAGGAGUUGUUGGUGCCUGAAAAAAUUCCUCCAAAAGCAGCAGCUAUACUCCAUAUUCAUUCCCCGGAAGAAAAGGGGAAGAAGAAGUUAAAGGGGAUGGGGAAGUCGGAGUCUGCGAAGUCGAUCGUGGAUUCCGUGCCGCUGCGGCGCGUGCGCCGCGGGUCGGAGAGCGAUAUGUCGUGCGACGAGCCGCGGGGGCUCGUCAACCGAGCUUUUGUGUUUGGCACGCCGCCGAAGGACAGGAAAUUGCCCAAGUCACCGUCCGCCUAUCUAAAGCUCCAGUACGGCGCGCUCCUCGAGGGGUGCGGGGGGGAGCUGCCGUCCCUCUCGGCGUGCGCGCCGCUCCCCCCGCCCCUCGACAAGGCGAGGAGGCAGAAGACGAAUGAUAAGCUUGACAAAGUCGCUCAAGUUAACAUACACUUACACGCACUCUUCGCUGCCGUCGAACACGGAUACCUUGACAAAGCCAGAAACAUCCUCGAUUCCACCGAUGUCGACGUCAAUAGUGUCAACCCCGAUGGCCUGUCGCCGCUCGACGUGGCCGUGCUGGCGAACAACAGGCCGCUCACCAAGAUGCUCAUGGAGUUCGGAGCCAAAGAAGGCACGCAAUUUAAGAGCGCAGAGGCGAUGGGCGCACACAUUCGGCGGCUGACGCGAGAGGCCGAGGCGAGGCUGCAUGAUGCUGCUGGGUGCUUCCCGGAGCGUGCCUGUCGGGACGAUGCUUGCACAAGGUCAUCUGCGGGCAAGCAGGUGGACACAACAGGGUGCGCGGGCGGCGCGGGCUCUGAGAAAGACAAGCAGGCGCAACAUUGGGAGCGGAGAGUGAGGACGCUCAAACGUCUACUCCACGGAUGGCAGGCUCUACGGGUGCCGGCGGCGCCAGCUCCUCCUGACUUGGAAGUGUGCGGUGCCCACUCUGUCUCGGUACGGCUGAGAGACCCCAGACUGACGCGAGAACAGCCUCCUAUCACCAAAUACAAAGUGGAAUGGUCAUCCCGCGCCGACUUCUCCAACGUGUGCGGCACCCGCGAGGUCCCCUGCGCCGUGCACGGAGCCACACGGGUCCUGGCGGCGGGACUGACUCGCGGUCGGCGUUACUUCUUCCGCGCCGCCGCCGGAAACCUGCGCGGCUGGGGCGCGCCCGCCUGCUCUACUCCACGAAGCGUUGUGCCUAGCAGUUGGCGCGACGUGUCGACGCGCGCGGCGCGCGGGCCGGCGCUGGAGGCGCUGGAGGCGCUGGCGGCGGCGGCGGCCGGCGCGCGCGCGCGGCCCGGCGCCGCGCCGCCCCGCCUGCCGCGCAAGAAGACCGCCACCAUCCGCCAGCUCUUCACGGCCGCCAGCAAGUUCCAAAAGAAUCUUAGAAGGGGCGUCUAUUUGGCAUGUAUUCUGUACCACGAAGACAAGGUGCUAGUGACUAGCGAAGAGUUCCUACCGGUGAUUGAGGUCGACGAGACCUAUCCUACGUGUAUCUACACAGACUUCCACUGGCUUAUGAAGGUGUCAUGUGCAUGGGACGACGUGAAGGCACUUCGCUCCGACAUGGAGAAGCACACGUCGUCGUCUAUCCACUUCCGACUGAAGCUGCUUACUGCGUGUGCGCAGAUGCAGUCCGCACUCUGCAUUCAGGAUCUAGGUCAAUUAUACCACAAACCGCUGCGAGACUCGCACGGCACCGUGGUGCUGUCCUGCGUGAACAGCGUGAAGUCCGCCAAGUCCGUGUCCGCCCUGAACUCUCGCUGGGCGCCGGUGUCCAGGCUGCGGCGGCGAGUGCUGAGCGAGGACAACACUAUUGGAGAGCUCCUAAUGGCAUCUGUGCAUGAACAGAUUGCGUACCAUCAGGUGUCGCGGGUGCAGCUGCCGCGAGGCCUGUACCUGGGCUACCUGAAGCUGCAGUCGUCGGUGGAGGUGGUGCGCAUCGUGGCGCCCGCGCGCACGCCCAACGUGCCGCCGCACACGCGCGUGCGCGACAACCCGCACGUGUCCGCUGAGGAAUGGGACUUCCUAAAAACACAAGCGGGCAACCCUUCAUCCGAGGACCUGCAAGCGAUCCCCGCUCUCGUAGCCAUGGGCAGCCAGGAGAGGCCUUCCGAAUCUCAAGAGAUGUUUCUGGACCAGAUCGCGUCCGCCUCCCGUCGGCUGUUCAAGGAAAUGGACAUUUCCAUAGAAACUGCUAUCACCCACCGAAUCUACGACCUUGAGGUCAUAGAACUAAAUAGCGAUGUCAGUUUCAUCAUGCUAUGUCCUCCGGCAGAACAAGCAUGCUCGGUACCCGGCCAAAAAGAAAUAUUGCUUCAGAAAGGCGAUUUACUCAGCUUACCGAUACAAGCAUUUGAGAUGAUACAUCUUCAGACGUAUCACACUAACAUGUUAAACAAAUACUCUAAACUUAGCUGCGUUUUGGAGCUAGACGUCGCUUUAGCCGCCCAUUCACAUCGAGAAGCUUUCUCUAGCACAGAGCUUCAAACGGCCAAAGAGCGGCUGACCAAGCUAGAGGAACUCCAAAAUAAUUUAAACACUAUAUGGAAAGCUGAAAGAUGGCUCAUGGAUCUGAUCGGUUUCGCUAGAGACAAAGACAAAGCUGCCCCUAGCUCCGGCAUAUUGCUCAAAUACGUCAUAGAAAGAAUGCCCUCGCAAUCCAGCGUCGACGGUUCCGACGCGGAAAAUAACGAAAACAUCAUGAAGGUUGACUUCCUACAAAUACCAUCAAGGGAUGGCAAGAUUAAUAAAACUUCCCCCGGGAGAGGCUCCUGGCCCGGUCCGGCUGGCAACGGAAAUCACGCAAAUCUACAUCCAGAGUUCAGCAAAUCAGAACAACAACUAAGUCUCGCCCCUCGACAAACUUCCGUCUCCACUCUGAACCUCAGCACUUCGCAAUAUCUCAACGCUGAAUCAAACUUCUCUAGAAAAGGUAGCGCGGAUUCUCAGUACACGCAAUCAAGCGUGAGUAACAAUUUCAUGAGCAGCAAUUCACAAUUCGACGUUAAAUCCCCAAGCUCACAUAGUACCAGCAGCAAUCGACUGCCUCCUUCUCGAAGCGAAGACACCCUCGUGUUACAAGAAAAUGAGCCUAAACCCAGACCGAACAGUAUUAACGCGAGCAUGUCUACAACUUCCAGCCCCCUACUCACAGUAAAAGGCUACUACCCUGGAAGCAUGAUCAGCGUAAGAGCUAAAGGUAUCGCCUCUGAAUCCGCUCAGAGCUUAUCAAGCGACUCCGAAAGCCAGAGCUGCCCUAUAACAACAGCAAUUCCUUUAAAAGUCCGUCCUCAACUAAAAAAUAGAGCUCAACACGUGAUCGCGUCUAAAAGCAUGACUAACGUGAAGUCCACCGAUGUUGAAUUUACGGAUACCGGGCAGGAUAUGUUCCCUAAUAAGUCUGGGUCGUGUGUGAAGCGACAGACGUUGCUGGAGGCUCAGGAGGAGGAGUAUCACAAUAAGGUUCCCAAGACUGACGAGAGCAGGAGCGGCGACGAGGAGCGGCCGCCGGACCAGCCGGGGAUACUGCAGGUAUUUGCCGCGUACGAGACCGGUCUGGCGGCCGGCACGUCGCUGAAGCUGCACGUGACGCCGCGCACGUCCGCUAGGGAGGUCAUCGACCUGGUGGUGAAGCAGCUCAACAUGGCCGCCGUGCUCAAGGGCAAGCCCGGCCCCGUGUACGGCCCCGACAAGCUGCACGACUUCUGUCUCGUGGCCGUCAUCGGAGCCCGGGAGAGGUGCCUCCGGGACGACUUCAGACCGUUGCAACUCCAAAACCCGUGGAGAAAAGGCAGACUGUACGUCCGGCUCAAGCAUGAUGUGCUAGCGGCGCUCCAACAUUCUGCCAAGCAGCCGGCGUUCAUUUAAAAACAUUGUUUGUUUUAAAAAGUGUGUCUAUGGACUUUUAUAUUUUUAAAUAAAUAAUUUCAUAGUCUUAAGUUGAUUUCUGGUGCCAAUUAUUUUUGUUGAUGCUUUAAUACGAUAGGUAAAUAAAAGUUGUGAGUACUUUAGUGUGUUUACAGAAUUUAUGGUGCUUCUCACUGUAACGGGAUAUAACCGCUCUUUCUAUCAAACUUUCCGCACCUAGUUCUAGACAGGCGUAGUUUUGUCGCUUUCCGAAAUAUAGUUGGGCCGGCCGUGUCAUUAGAAAUUGGCCGAGAGAAGGAUACCUUCAAACAUCACACAAAUGAAAGGGAGAAUAUAUUUUUUCUAGUGAUACGAAUAGCUGGCCAAAUUAUAGCUUACAGAUUUAGAUCGAUUUCAAUCUCUUGUCGUUCUCUUAACAAAUCUAAUUAUUUAGGACUUAAGGUACAAUAGUGUGUGAUUCUGUGACUUCAAUCUAGUUAGGGUAGUGAUGUGUGCUCAUUAUUUUGGAAUUCACACUAUAAAUACCCUAUUGAUAAAUGUCAAAAUUGUGAUGAACGUAUCAUAAAUUACUUAUUUUCAAACAACACUAAAGUUACAAUUCAUAACAUAACCCUACAUCUAAACACCAAAGGAAUGUUUGGAACUAUCAGCUAACUUCUGACUAGUCCAAAGAAAGAGUUUAAAUAGUCGGAAGUUAGUUAAAUUAUAUUCAGAAUUAGGAAGAGUAAAAUGACAGCAGUAUAAACAUUCAUUUUGUGGACAAGAUUUCAUGUAAAAAAAAAAUACUUAAACCGAAAGUUUACUAAAUUAAAUUAUUGAAAAAUUUAUAUCUACACCAUUAGGGCUAAUAAGAUAGUCGGUUCUUUAUCAUUUGUCACCAUGCCUGUCACGUUCUAACAAGUAUUUAAGUGCGAAAGUGACGGAAAAAUGGAACUAUGCUGUAGGGAGUACCAUCAUUAUAACUAUGAAUCCAUACCUCAAAUUGCUCUUUUUAAUUCUGAAUAUAAAUAUAACUAUACAUCGAAGUGCCUGGUUAAUUUGAAAAACAUAGAAGUCAUAUCACGUAGGAAAACAGGGUGAAGAAUAUAUAUUUUGUGACACAAACUCCUAAAUCACAGUAAGUAAAAUAUCGAAAACUAAUUUACUAAAUCGAAAUUUAAAACUACUUCAAGGUCUUGUAAUAUGAAUCUAGAUUUUUUAAAGACGCUCAGCUUGUUUAUCGGUUGUUAAAUUAUUAUAAUCUAUUUUUUAUUAAUUUGGAAGUUUUUAUGUGAAUAAUAUUUACUUCCACUAACUUUUAAAAAUAAAACGUCUUUUUUAUUUCUGAGAAUGAAUGAUAGUGCGAUAUUUAAGGGAUAUUACGUGGAUGCCUGUACGUCAAUAUUUGUAAAGAUAUUUAUUUUAUAUUUUUAAUCGUUUUAUCUUGUCUGCUGUACGUAGACACAACUUCUAGUUCUUUUCGAACUUAGUAACAAAUGCAAUUUUGGAUAAUGGUUUAGGUUUUUUUUGUGGAUACCAAAAAAUGCAAAUCGAUAUGUAGGUAAUAACUAUCAAUUUAUGAUUUUAAUACUUGUAACCCAUGCUAAUACUUCAAAAAUAUCUGAUUAAAAAUCAGGCAAGAUAUCGUACUAAAAUGAUUUGAAAAUAUGUAGGCUAAUUCACCCAUAGAUCUCUACCGAAGUAUUCUUUAACUAUUAAUUUUAUAUAGCCAUAUGUUUUAUUUUCAUAGCAAUUUGUAGAACUAUAAUGGAAUAAAUACUCAAAAUAAAUUAGUACCUACCUAAGUAGGUACGUUUUGUUUCUAUGGGAAAUGUAUAUUUUUGUAGUUAGCCAUUGUGUACAAUACUAAAUGUGUAAUGAAAGAUUGUGAAAUAGAUAUAAUAUAAAUAAAUUAAAUAUUAUCAAUGAUUCGAGCCAUACUUAGAGAGGGAUUGCAAUUGUUGUAACUACGAAGCCUAACUUAAAUGUCUUAUGAAAAUAUAAUAGAUUUAUUUUAGAUUAUUAUAUUCACCCGUCUGUCGCGGUAUGUGUACACUUGAGAUCGAAAGUCCUUUACCAGAUUUAAACCGUGACGUCGUUGACGUCUGUUUAUUUUACUUCUUAAUUCCCUACCUAAAUGAAGGAAGAAAAGCUUGUUAUUCAUUAAUAUUGUUUUUUUUUUUGGAAGAACCGCAGUUCUACCCUGAAAGGGCUGAAAGUGCCGCAUGCACUCGGUUUAUAUUAAACAUAUUUUUUUAAUUCUUUCAAGCCUCUGCGACAUGUUUUGCGGUGCGCCCAGCUAUACAGUGAGCUGCGAAAUUGUAUGGAAAAAUUAUUAAUGAAUUCAUUGAUAAAGUCGCCCUGCACUUUUGCGGCUGUGGCUGCAAGUUUCCAUUAAAUGACAAAUGUACGACUUCUAGAGCGAAACGCGCCGCUCCAUGUGAAACAGUCCGCUUAUCCAUAAAUAUUGCUUUCCCUCAGAGAAGAGUCCUUAUGCUUAAUUUGCAUAAGUAUGGACUUUUCUCUGAUAUAAAGAUUAUAAAGCACAAAUGUGCAAUCACGCGUAGAGAACGAUCGAUAUAAUCUUUGGUUAUCAAACAUGUCAUAACCGUUUAUUUUGCCUGGUUGUUGAAAUUUUUUGUUGCCCCCGGACCCCCCGGUGGAUAUAAUUCAUCUUAUUUAAGAUAAUAUUUGUGAUUAAACUACGUAAAAUACUGAUAAAGAACUUUUUAAGGUCCUGAGUGUACGUUAGAACUUAGACAAGUUGGAAUUUAACGUGAUGCACAAAAAUAAAUGUAAUUCAAAUCUU